GGCACACAGCACCCACGGCCACCGAGCCCCGCUGUGAUGACCUCCUCGGCGGCCAGACCCUCCAGAGGCCACUGCCCGCUGCUGUAAUGGAAACUUCUCAGCGGGCUCGUGAGCCGCGACAGCUCGGGUUCCCGCUCGGCUCCAGGCUCCGAUCGGCCGCGGGUGGGGGGCCAGGCAGGUGGGCGAGUCACCCGGAGGUGCGGCGCCUGCAGGAGCCCAGGACCAUGCUCCGAUAAAUGAGGACUGCAGGGCAGACCUUGAGCCCCGACUCCCGGCCAGAGACGCGACAUCAGACCAGAAAGAAUGAAGAGGCCGCUCCGAGCUCACCGCAGCCCGGGGCAGGGAGGGAGGGCUACAAGAGGUGUCCCCCUUCCAUCCUGAGGCAGAGCCGGCCGGAGCGCCGCAGCCGCGGGGCCGAGCCACAGAAGACCGCCAGGCACGUGCGGUUCCGGGAGCCCCCGGAGGUGGCCGUCCACUACAUCGCCAGCAGGGAGUCCACCACGGCCACCAAGGCGCUCGGCCGGCCCAGGUCCCGCGGCGGCUCCCUGCUCCUGCGGCUGUCCGUGUGUCUCCUGCUGGUGCUCGUGCUGGGUCUGUACUGCGGCCGGGCCGAGCGGGUGACGCUGGCCCUCGAGGACCUCCGGGCCCGGCUCCUCGCGCUCGCCCUGCGCCUGAGGCACACGGCCGUCACCUGCUGGCACGGCCUGCUGCAGCUGUGACCGCGGCCGGACGCUCGCCCCCACCCCCCACGGCCCCC